AUGUCGAAAUUGACGGGCUUAUGGCGGCUCAUCUUGCCGCCGCUGCUCCUAGGAAGCAGCAGCCUGGCCCAGUCAUGCCUCGAGGCGCUCAACAACAAUCAGGUCGACGCAUGUGUGUGCUACUCCCUAGAAUACGUCGUCAGUUACGUCGCCUACGUUGCUGUUUCUACGUCAUACACGUCAAAUUGCGAGGCUCUGCCCACGAUCUCAGCCACCACAUCCGCCGCGCCUCAGAUUCUAGAGAGUAACCCUGCAGGUGGCAACUAUUCAGGGUACGUGACAGUCAGCAAUGGAGUUUACACAGGAACAGACAUCUUGGCCGGGCCGACUACGAGAGCAAGUCUGGGACUCGAUGGAUCAGGGACAUUGGUAGUGGAGGAUCCGCCUUCGUAUACGACAAUUUCCCGAGGCGGUACGGCAACAGUCAGCCCUGGAUCACUUCCGAGCUCUGUCAACUCAACAAGCUUUCUGACUACGAAUCCCAUCACGGCACCACGAACCAUUCUCGUCGCCAACCCCACGCCGGGGGCUUCCACAGCUUCCCAAGGAACUGUAAUCGUUGCAGUACCUGAUCCAAGAUUAUACAACACGAGCACACUCGCUUAUUCGGGGCCUGAUCCCCUAGGCGCAGCUCGAACGACCAUUUCAACUAUCACCGAGUCUGGCUUUAUUCCCGGCACCUACGUUGUCGCUGUCGCCACAACGAAGACACCAGAUGUGUCCUACGAUGUUUCUACGGUUGCGUACACUGGGACAGCCGUUCUCUCGGGCCCUACCGUAGUGUCAGUCAUUCAACCCACGGAAGAGAGCGGUCGAGGAACUGUAGUGAUAGGAGUCCCGCCGACAGGAGUUCCCCCUCCUCAGGUGACGUCGAUAGUUCCGUACGAGGGCAUGAGUUCAAUUACAGGACCGACGACGAUUCUCAACAGGCCCUUCGAUGGCACCGUGCCGGGAACCGUCAUAGUCGGACUGCCACCAGCAUCUUUCAUCACCCAGACUGUGCCCUUUACGGGCAGGGAAAUCCUUACGGCCCCAAUCACUAUCUCGAUAGCACCACCAAGCGGCUCUCAACUUGGUACCGUUGUCAUCGGAAGUCCAUCAGCCGCAUUCCUGGCCAGCUUCAUUCCUUUUACAGGGUCUACCCAAGAGACACUAUCUGUGAUCCAGCCUACAGGCACAUCUCCAGGAGUUGUAAUCAUCGGGCAAACCGGAGGUCCCAAUCCAGAUGUCGAGGAUCCCACGUACGUCGCUUCGGCGCCUCAAAUAACACCGACCCGAUAUUUCACGUCGAUUGUGACCUACCUUCCUGCCUCAGAUGCUCCGAACACACCAUCGACCUUGGCUGUCAUAGAUGGUACGGUUAUCAUUGGGUUGCCGCGCAUCGUCUCUCCAGCUGCGACUGGCUCAGACUCUUUUAUCACUUCGGCAAGAAGAGGGACCUUUGUCACCUCUACUGUCGACUUCACUCAGGGCGUGGAUUUGCCAAGAACUGUUGAUCCUGUGGGAACCGUCCCUGGAACGGUUUUUGUUUAUGCCUCAUUGAGAGGUGAAAAUUCGGCAAAUCCGUUCGUUACUUCUGACAUCGUGCUGCUUGGAACAGCGGCUGGCUCAGCGCCUACGACGAUCUCCGUUGUGCAACCAACCAACGGACUUCCUGGAACCUUGAUCAUUGGCAGACCAGCCAUAUUUGUGACUUCGACUGUCUCUUGGACAGGUUCAGUUCCUCUGCCAUCUAGAACAACACUUGCAGUCGUGGCCCCCUCAGGAGAUAGCCCCGGCACGGUGUUCGUUGCGGAUCCCGCGGUUUUGGUCUUCUAUGAGGGCUCGACUACAUCUGUUUUGACCAGUGUCCAGCCCUCAGGACCCAACAGGGGUACAAUCCUGCUUGCAGUACCCUCAGUAGCCUCAUCAUUAAGACCUAGCGAAAGCCCCGUGUCGAAUGUGGACGAUCCAAGCGUGGCUCUGGCCUCAUUCGUUACUUCGACGGUUGCCAGUCUUGCCGGCUAUCCUGUUACAUCAAGAAUUACAAUCUCGACAAUCACUCCUGAUGUUGAGGCCUCUAUGCCUGGUACGUACGUUGUGGCCUUGCCCAACAACUACAUUACCUCGACUGUGCCCUGGACUGGUGCGAUGCCCUUGCAGUCCUUCUACCGUAACAAUGCUCCAUCCAUCAUCGGCCACUGGCUCAACUAG